CGACAUUACAAAUGAAUCCUCCUGAACAAACAGAUGUGACCACAGAUCAGCAACCCAUCCCACAUGAUGAGUCAGACUCUGGAAGGGAUACUAACAGAGAGGAUGAGAGCAUUGUGGCUGGUAACCACGCAGAUCAGUCAAGAGAUAGAUCUGGUGUGAUGGCUCCUUGCUGGGGAUACACAGAGGAGUCUACAAAUUUUCUAAUGUCUUUUUCCACUGCUCUCCCGGAUGGUGCUGAAUCAUAUGAAUUUAUGGGCGAUUUUGAAAAUCUUCCUCCUGUAACCUUGGAAUAUUUAAAUGCCUUCACCUUGACAGGCUGUAGUCCAAUCAGAGAGGAUCCUGGCAAAGUAACAGUAAAGGUAUAUUAUACCUCUGAAAAAGGGAUGAUGCAGUUUGGAGAUGACCUCUGUUUUGAAUAUAAAGACCGAAUAGAUGAAGCGAUAACAGUCAUGAUGGCCAAUCAGCCUGCCAGAGAUGCUAUUGCAGUUGGUGCGUUCCAAGGACUGAGAAGCAGUUCAAGAGGCCCAAGAAGACCAAAUCCUUUUUCCCCACCGCAAACUGCAAAAGAGUUUUAUGAUCGCGCACUGGCCAUUCGUCUAAAAAAACUCGGACCUGACCAUGUCGAUGUCGCAUGGACGUACGCCAACCUGGGAAUUGUGCAUCGCAAUCUGGGUGAUUUGAGUCAAGCAAAAGAGUUUUAUGAUCGCGCACUGGCCAUUCGUCUAAAAAAACUCGGACCUGACCAUGUCGAUGUCGCACAGACGUACGCCAACCUGGGAAAUGUGCAUCGGAAGCUGGGUGAUUUGAGUCAGGGAAAAGAGUUUUAUGAUCGCGCACUGUCCAUUCGUCUGAAAACACUCGGACCUGAGCAUGUUGAUCUCGCAAACACGUACCACAACUUGGGAAUUGUGCACCGCAAUCUGGGUGAUCUGAGUCAGGCAAAAGAGUUUCAUGAUCGCGCACUAGCCAUUCGUCUGAAAAAACUCGGACCUGACCACGUUGAUGUCGCAAGCACGUACUCCAACUUGGAAUUGUGCACCGCAAUCUGGGUGACGUUAGAAAGGGAAAAGAGUAUCAUGAUCGCGCACUGGUCAUUCUUUUAA